AUGGAAAACGGCAUCUUAAACGAGCUUCUCAACUUUGAUAUCGACCGCAUACUCAAUCCAUGGGUACCGCACAACUGCCUGUACAUCCUCCCGACCUGGAUCUCGCGCUUCCUAGGGUAUCGCCAUAAGCCACAGAAGGAGCCGCCAUGUCUUGUGCAAUGGGCGCUCACGCUUGUCGCAACCAUUGCUGGACUCUGCGUGGUCGGCGCAACGUACACUCAUGCCCCUGGCCUCACGAGACACCACCCGCCUGCGCUUAUCGCCUCGCUUGGAGCUAGCGCUAUCUUGGAUUAUAAUACCAUGAGAUCGCCACUCGCGCAGCCUCGAAACACACUGAUUGGGCACACGCUUUCAGCGAUCAUCGGCGUAGCAAUCUCAAAGCUUUUCCAGCUCAAUCCGAGUUUGUUUGCAGACUACAGCUGGGUAGCAGCGGCAAUCGCGUGCGCCAUCUCUAGCGUCGUGAUGAGCGCGACAAACACGGUACAUCCGCCGGGCGGUGCGACUGCGAUCUUGGCAUCCGUUGACGCGCCAGUCGUGCUCAUGGGCUGGUUCUUCGUACCCCUGGUGAUGGUAGGAAGCCUUCUCAUGCUAGGCGUGGCUUGCCUGCUGAACAAUACCAUACGCCAAUACCCUAUCUACUGGUGGACGCCAGCAGAUGUCGGUAGUAAGCUACGCCGGGCGAAGGCAGCAGCGCAACAAGCACAAGAGACACCGGACUCGAGUCAGCUCGAAAAGCAGACUUCCAGGACAGAUAGUGAGCGCACAUUACAGCACGAAGCAAGCGAGGACGGAGAUGCGAAGGACGAGCAGCCUAGUAUACGCAUCCUAUCGCACAAGAUAGAAUUGCCCAAAGAUCUCGAUCUGUCUCCGGAAGAGUGGAAUCUGCUGGAAAGUCUGCAGACGCUGUUGAGGGAGGAGUCCAGAUCGGAUUGA